AUGGCAAAAGCGAGGGCGCAGCAGCUUUUGGAAGACGACGUUCUUGUGUCCACAGAAAAAGAGUGCGUGAGUACCAGAAGCUGGGCCAACACUCUAUCCUGCUCAUCCGCACUCCUCCUUGCAGCUUCGAGCCCACCGGAGGCCGAGCGGAGCAGGAUCGAUCCCGAUGGCCUUGGAGACUGCGAUUCUCCUUGUCCUCCCUCUGUCUCGACCUCGCUGGCGCCGUCCUGUGUCAGGCGCUUCCGCGGCCACCGACACACCUCAAGCCACCACGGCGACGGCGCUCGCCAAGUCGCCACCGCGCGCCAACCUAAGAGGUUACCGGACGUCGUCGAGCCUAGCACACACAAGAGGACUCAAGCUACGGUGACACGCUUCAACAAGGAACCAACAUCGUCGUCUCAGCCACCACGGGUGCGCUACAUGUCGACUCCUGGUUUCCACUCGGGUGCUACAGUUCCAGUUACAGGCUCCUUCGAUACUACGUCUGGCUCGACGCACUCCCUACCAAACGACUGGUUCAUCAUUACGCUCGAUGAAGAGGGCCUGUCACAGAAAGCAGGGGCACCUCUACUAAUGCAGCCAUCGCAUGCCAACCCUAGCACCCCUGUAGACGCUGCACGGACUUCAUCAUGUUGCAGCUAGUCGACGUAGGCCGACGGGUGUGCCCAACA